UCCCUCACCUGGCGGCGGUAUGGCCGUGCGUGGCCGGGGCGGUGCCGGGGGCAGAGUCCAGCGAGGGAGCCGGCGGUGGCAGGAGCCCGGUACAGGCGCGGAAGAUGCCGCUGGGGCUGAGGGGCAAGAAGAAGGAUAAGUCCAAGGAGACCUCCAACCUGGUGGAGAGCGAGGCGCCGGCCCCGGCCCCGGCCCUCCCUCCCCCGGCAGCCAGCGCGUCGCGGCUGCAGUUCCACACGCAGCUGGCGCACGGCAGCCCCACGGGCCGGGUCGAGGGCUUCAGCAGCGCCCGCGAACUGUACGCCAAGAUCGCCGAGGCUUUCAGCAUCGACCCCGCCGAGAUCAUGUUUUGCACUUUGAACACUCAUAAAGCUGAUAUGGAAAAGCUCUUAGGUGCACAAAUUGGCCUCGAAGAUUUCAUAUUUGCCCAUGUAAAAGGACAACGAAAAGAAGUAGAAAUUCUUAAAACUGAUGAUGUGCUUGGACUUACCAUUACAGACAAUGGAACUGGCUGUGCGUUUAUUAAGAGAAUCAGAGAAGGUAGCCUUAUGGACCAAACCAAAAUGAUCUGCGUGGGUGAUCACAUAGAGACUAUAAAUGGAAAAAACGUGUCAGAUUGUCGGCAUUAUGAAGUUGCCAAAAUGCUAAAAGAUCUGGAGAAGGGUCAGGUGUUUAAGCUGCAGUUGAUAGAGCCUAUGAAAGCAUUUGAAAAGCUGGGACCAAGAUCCAAAGGUGGAGCUUUGACACAGGCGAAAAUCUCCAAAGGGAGAGAAACUCUUCGGCUGAGAACUAAAGGCCCUGCUACUGUGGAGGAAAUGCCAACUGAAGCUGAAGAAAAAGCAAUUAAAAAAGUGGAUGAGCUUCUUGAAACAUACAUGGGCAUAAGAGAUAUUGAAUUAGCUGCAACAAUGGUGGAAGCUGGAAGAGACAAGAAAAACCCAGAUGAAUUUGCAGUGGCAUUGGAUGAAACUCUUGGAGACUUUGCAUUUCCAGAUGAGUUCGUGUUUGAUGUAUGGGGAGCAAUAGGUGAUGCUAAGCAAGGACGACUGGAAUGAGAACUGUGCAGUUUAUCAAUCUCUAUUUGAAAGUACAAAAUUAUUUUCAAAUCUGUACAUCAGAAUAUUAAUACUUUUAUUGAUAUGAAUUCUGGAUGCUCUGUGUAGACAUUUUCCUAUCUCAAUCUUAUGCAAAGGAAGGCUUCUAGUGCAAAUAUGAAGAUAAGUUCUGACAACUGCACAUUUAAAACAAACAUUUAAUUUACAUGUGGAAAUCACUGUGAGGAGUGCAUCGAGGAGAAAUAUUUAUACAGAUGUUUUAUGAAAAUUAGGCAAUUUUUAUUGUACAUAAACUUUGAUACCAAUAUUCUGAAGGGGGUUAUACAUACACAAUAAAGACUGGAUUAUUUUCUC